UAAAAGAGGGUAAAAUAAAAAAUAAAAAACAGAGAUUGAGAGAGAGAGAGAGAGAGAGAAGAAGGAGGAUGAGCAGCAACGUGACGGGAGCAGGGAAGGUGGUGUGUGUAACCGGAGCGUCCGGUUUUAUAGCGUCAUGGCUCGUCAAGUUUCUUCUUCAACGCGGUUACACUGUCAAAGCCUCCGUUCGCGAUCCAAAUGAUGCAAAAAAGACAGCCCACUUAACUUCACUUGAUGGGGCCAAGGAAAGGCUCAAGCUUUUCAAAGCAGACUUACUGGAAGAAGGUUCAUUUGACUCCGCUAUUGAAGGGUGUGAUGGUGUCUUUCACACUGCAUCUCCCUUUUUUCAUGAUGUCAAGGACCCAGAGGUAGAAUUGCUUGAACCUGCAAUAAAGGGAACACUUAAUGUUCUAAGCUCGUGUUCAAAGUCGAAAUCUGUUAAACGGGUAGUUUUGACAUCGUCAAUAGCCGCUGUUGCAUACAAUGGAAAGCCUCGAACUCCCGAUGUGGUAGUUGACGAGACCUGGUUUACAGAUCCAAAUAUUGCCAGGGAAUCGAAGUUAUGGUACGUGCUUUCAAAGACUUUGGCCGAGGAGGCUGCUUGGAAGUUCGUUAAAGAGAAGGGUAUCGACUUGGUCACAAUCAACCCGGCAAUGGUUAUCGGUCCUCUGCUGCAACCAACGCUAAACACAAGCGCUUCUGCAAUUUUGGACUUAAUAAAUGGAGCACAAACAUUUCCUAAUCUUAGUUUUGGAUGGGUUCAUGUCAAAGAUGUCGCCAAUGCACAUGUUCAAGCAUUUGAGGUGCCUUCAGCUAGUGGAAGGUACUUGUUGGUUGAGAGAGUUUGCCACUACUCGGAAGUUGUGGGAAUCUUGCGUGAGCUCUACCCUGCUUUACGCCUUCCAGAGAAGAGCGCGGACGACAAGCCUUUCGCCCCAACUUUUCAGGUGUCCAAGGAAAAGGCAAAGAGCCUGGGUAUCAACUACAUUCCAAUACAAACUGGUCUCAAAGAAACUGUGGAGAGCUUGAAGGAAAAGCAGUUUGCCAACUUCUGAGCCUCACUACUAGUAAUUAAUACUGUCAAAAUGUCUAUUCCGUAAUAAACAAAUGGUUAUAGUGAACCAUUUUCUCUUUUGCCUCUGAAUAGCUACUUUGUGGGCACAGCAGUUUCCAACUCUCUGUCUCUCAGCUUGUUGCUUUUACAAAUAAUUAAAUUAGAACUUCAUCUUUAUGUAUUGAUUUUACUAA